AUGGAAAUUCUUGAAGAAACAUACACCAACUCGGCCGAGCGGUUGGACAAACCGUCGCAGUACUUGAUCCGCAAGGCCAUCAGAAGAGGCAAUUUCGACAACAUAACCAAGGCGUUGCAGCUGAAAACCGUGUAUGUGGGAAACUUAACCCAUUUCACCACAGAGGAGCAGAUACACGAGUUGUUCUCGAAAUGCGGCACCAUCGACCGAAUCAUCAUGGGGCUAGACAGAAACAAGUUGACUCCGUGCGGGUUCUGCUUUGUCAUCUACAAAGACGAAGAAGGUUCGUUGAAUGCCAUGAAGUACUUGAAGGGCACCUACUUGGACGGCCAGAGUCUAGAGAUUGACUUGGAUCCGGGAUUCCGCGAGGGAAGACAGUUUGGCAGAGGAAUAUACGGCGGCCAGGCCAGCCAGGAGCAAAUGGACAACGGCUUUCCAAGAAGAGAACGCGGAGGAUUCCGUGGAGGAUUCCGGGGCGGCUUCAGAGGCAGAGGACGCGGCAGAGGCGGGCCAAGAGGCGGUUUCAGAGGCCGUGGUGGUUUCAGGGGCGGCUUCAGAGACUCCUUUACGCCGGACCGUGUGUAA